CAAAUUUUAGCAGAAGCAGCUGUCUGGAGCUGUAUUCCGGAGUAUAUGUAAUAGGUUAAUUUUCGUAACCGCAAUAAUAAAUAAUUAACAAUUAUUUGUUAAAAUUUAUUAAUUAAAAAUGAACUCCCUGGCCAGAGUCAGUAACUUCGUCUGUCAGUCAGUGCAAAUCGCCGGUUGUGGUUUGCAACAAGUGCGCACCAAAUAUGCAGAUUGGAAAAUGAUACGCGAUGUGAAGCGUCGAAAAUGUGUCGCGGAACACGCAAAGGAACGGCUGCGCGUCAACGCGCUACGUAAAAACGAUAUACUACCUGCAGAACUACGUGAAGUGGCCGAUGUGGAAAUAGCAGCUUUUCCGCGGGACUCGUCGCUAGUACGAGUACGUGAACGUUGUGCGCUGACAUCAAGACCAAGAGGAGUGGUGCACAAGUAUAGAUUGAGUCGUAUCGUAUGGCGACAUUUGGCAGAUUACAAUAAAUUGUCUGGUGUACAACGCGCCAUGUGGUAAUAGUAGUUCAAUUUAUUAAAAAAAAAA